UUUAGCCGCAGCAUCUAGUGCCCUUGUUAGAGUUACAAAUAUUAGAUACUGUGGCACUGAACACCGAACUUUAGAUAACAUCUUGGGUAAUCUUGAGCGUGAUAAUGGAUCAACAUAUAAUUCUGUAGCUGCUAUCCAGGAGAAUGAGGAGUUGGGCUUUUUUGAAGAAGAUUUACAUGAAAGAGGAAUGUUUAAAAGCUGA